UCACCGACAACGUCGCGACUCCUGCAUAACCCACAGCUGACAUUGGCCAAGUUAUUGGCACUGGCUGUGUCCUUCUCAAGCCUGGCACACUCGGGCGGCAUCGUUCAGGAUGCGAAUUCCCUUGCAGAUUCGUACGACUAUGUCAUCGCUGGAGGUGGCACUGCGGGACUGACGCUGGGUGACCGCCGGAGUGAGGACGGCAAGAACUCGGUGCUGGUGGCCGAGUGCGGGGAUUUAGGUUGUCAACGUCACGAGGGCAAGAUGGGCAUCUACUGGCAUCCGCAGUUCAGUCAUCCACAGACGGCGACGCGGUCCUUCUCGCACACGGGGCAUUGGGAUGGCACCCACAGGGACAACUACGAGGUGGAUACUCGACUCCAAGUAAUCUCACCAGCCCGCUACGCCGAGGUAGCCGACGCGCUCGCGGCCCAAGACCCAGCGGCACCCCCACCCGGCCGUGAUAAAGGGGCGGCAGCUCGACGGGCGGUCGUCCGAAGGGUGGCUCGUGGCGCCGCACCAGCUCAGCCGAGGCAGCGCCGACAUGGACGCCGCGGACGCGCCGGGGCUUACUUCCACCCGUGGUCGACUACCGCGCCCUGUCCAAACCCGCUCGAUCGGGACGUCAUGGUGGAGACGAUCCGCUCCACGCGCCGCUUCUUCACCGAGAACCCGGCCGUGGGCGCAGUGAGGGUAGUUCCACAUCCCACGCAUUGA